CCGCAACACAUGGACAUGUCAGACAUGCAAGACAUUGACUUUGCAAACUUCCUCGACAUUGGUGACAUAGGCGACAUUGGUAACAUCGAUGUGAGCGACUUCCCCUCUCUCGACGGGCCCGAUGGCCGAGUCCUGGGUUCAAAUGGCCCUUUACACGACUUUGGCACUGAGAGCUUCGAACUACCGACCGCAUUGGACGUGCAAAACUUUGCCCAGAAUCAACAAUGGGCACAACAGCAAAUGCCGCAGAACAUGUAUCGUGCGCCAAACGUAGUUCCACCAACGCCAAACAGUUACGAGCUUCAAGGCAAUGCGCGUCAUUAUAUGGCCCAGCACAUGGACCCGGCAGCCGGUCCUUUCUUCGAACAACACCGACGCUUGACAAAGGAAGACAACAUGGCCUUCACCCCUCUAGUCUCCCNNCCAGCCGUAACCCCGAGAGACUCGACUUUCCAGCCCAUCCCCGAGUACACCAUCCCUGGCGCUUACUUCAGCCCACUCACAUCUCCAGCUCUGCAUGCCCAACAGCAGCAGAACCGCGGCUAUGCUCACAGCCAAUACACCAACCCGACGACGGCUGACAACUCGGCUGCCGCUUCACCGCUCGACCUCAACAUGGACGUGGACUCGUUGAAAGAGUUGGCAGACAGUGCUCCCCGUAGAAGCAGAAGAAAGCCUCAAGCACCGCAUUCGGCAGGUCCUGCUGCCCGAGUGCGACAAUCGCCAAUUGUCAAAGGCCAGAGACGUCGCUCGGCUCACCUGUCCACCAUCAUUCCACCCCGCGAGGUCAACAAUAUCUUGAUGGAAGCCCAGAACCAAAGUCAAGCCCAAGGCUCGCGGACUCCGUCUGUCGAGUAUGCUCCACCAUAUCAAGAGGAAUCGAGUACAGAGUCGAUAUCGCCUGAGGCCUUGCCUGAUUCAGUCAUGNGGCCCCCGCCUCUGCCUUCUUCAACCUACCACUCUCCUGCAUUACAACCCCAAAACCACUCUGCUCCUGCUUCAACUGCCAUCCACUCCCACUCCCACGCCGCGCCUUGCCCUGCUACCCCUGCUUCUCUGAUGUCCAUCCGUAAGAGCCAGCAGCAGAAUGCUAUUAAUCGUUCUGCCGGACCUCACCCGGGUUCAGGCCAUUUCCAGGUUCAAUCACAGGAUCAAAUGAACAUGCUCGAGGACCUGGCCCUGCCCCCGUCCGUGGCCGAAACUUCCCGCCCAGCUUUGACCAAAAUCGACACAACAUUGUCCGGUGAGAGUACUCCUCGUUUGGCCCCAGCUAUAAAGGGCAAGCCGAGACUGGCGCCAUCGAACUCCACUACAGCGAGCCCCAUCAUUGGCGCUUCACAAUCGCCUGCCAUGGGGCCAAUGGGCAAGAAACUCGAUCAAAAACGAUCGCAGCCUGCGAAAAAGCGUGGCAGUGUCGGUACUGCAUCCGUUCUUGUCAGCCCAGCCAUCCGACCAAAAAUCAGUCCCAGUAUCAAGCCUUUGCUUCCCGAGGGUGGCAGAGCAGAAGAAAUCGCCGACGAAGAGGAGGAAGCCAAUGCCAAGGAAGGCAAAGGCAACAACACUGCCGAGGGCAGAAGUGCAAACUCCAAAGCUGCCACCGUGGAGAGUGCUAUCGAUUACAUCAAGCUACUGCAACAAGAGAAGAACCUUGCUUUCGAGAUGCUCAAGAAGAAAGACGAGGAGAUGGCCACCUUGAGAAAACAAUUGCAAGCUGCCGACAUUACUACAAAUGGCAGUGACUCGGCCAAUGACUCAGCUGUUGCUAGCAGUGGCGAGGAAAACGGCACUGAGCCCGAGAAGAUGGAAGGUGUCAGCACUACGCCAUGA